AUGCUGAAACGCGAUUUUUGCGCAUCACUGUCAUCUUUGGAAGGGGAGGCUGCCAUUCGGAAGAGCGCGACACAAAUUCUAGUGUCGCGCUCAUUGCCCCAUCCUGGGUCUCCAUUGUACCACUACGCCAAAGAGGUGGUCCAACUGCUGCUAAAUCAAGGUGCCGAAGUGAACGCCCAGGGUGGAGAAUACGGCAAUGCACUUCAGGCAGCAUCACGUUCGGGCCACAAAGAGAUGGUCCAACUACUGCUAAAUCAAGGUGCCGACGUGGACGCCCAGGGUGGCAAGGAUGGCAAUGCACGUAAUAUUGGGGGUGGAUUGAUUAUUUAUGGUGUGCUGUUUCAUUGA